GUCAGCGUUCGUUUCUUCCCCCCCCCCCCCCCGGCUAUAAGAAGGCAACGCAGCCACCACGAACACCACCAUUAUCAUCAUCCAUCCUCUCCACUCCAGGACAACUAGCCAACCCAUAGCUUCAGGCGGCGAGCGAGGGAGACCUCCAGUGUGCCGGUCAGCGACGAGGAGGAGGUUUACCGGAGCGGGCAUGACUACGAUGGUUUGGGUGGCGGGCUGGCUGGCCCUUCUCACGGCACAACACGCCGUGGACGCGAACUCAUACUUCAACCGUCUGCUGCUGCACAGUCGCAUCCGAGGUCGCUCCGAGGGGCCCAACAUGUGCGCCGUGCAGGAGAUGGAGGGCACGGAGAAGCGCUACUUCUCCUCCUGCAAGACCUGGUACCGCAAGAAGAUCUGCAACGUGCCCACGAUGGUGAAGUUCGAAUGCUGCCCCGGAUACAUGAAGGUGGAAGGCGAGAAAGGCUGCCCUGCCAUCGCGCCUCUCACCAACAUCUUCAGCACGCUGGAGGCGUUGGAGGCGAGCAAGACGCGCGACUUGGUGGCCCGCGCCGGCCUGCGCGCCGAGCUCGAGAUGCCCAAGGCCAUGACGAUGUUCGCCCCCAGCGACGCCGCGUGGGCUCAACUCGACGAUGCGACUCGCAACGGGCUGACCGGGAGCAAGCUGAAGGACGCCUUGCGGAACCACAUGGUGGACAAGCGUCUGCUGCUGAGCGACAUGCGGCACGGUGCCACCCUGCGCUCGCAGAACGCGGGCGGCACCAUCAACGUCCAGCACUACGUCAACGGGAUCGUGACGGUGAACUGCGCCCGUGUGCUGCGUCCCAACUACCUGGCCACCAACGGCGUGGUUCACCUGGUGGACCGCGUGAUCGCUCCGCUCACUCGCAGCGUCCGCGACAUCCUCGAGACGACCGAGAGCCUGGGCACACUGAAGGCCGCGGCGACCGCGGCGGACCUCAUGGAGGAGCUGGAGCAGAAGGGCUCCUUCACGCUGCUCGCGCCCACCAACGAGGCCUUCGAGAGGCUCCCCAAGGAGGUCCUCACACGCAUCCUGGGGGACCCCGAGGCCCUGAAGGCUGUGAUCAACAACCACAUCCUGGACUCGGUGCAGUGCUCGGAGGCCAUACUGGGCAACAGCGUGGUGGACUCACGCGAGGGCAGCCCCACGACGCUCGGAUGCGAGGGUGGAGAGUUCCGAAUCAACGGCUUGAGCAGCGUGGCCCAGCGGGACCUGGUCGCGACCAACGGCGUAGUGCACACCAUCGGCGAUGUCCUCAUCCCCGACUCUGCCAAGACGGUGAUGGAGCUGGCCAACUCGGCGGGCGUCACCAACUUCGUGGACAUGUUUGCCGAGGCGGGCCUCAUGAAGAGCCUGAAGCCCGGGGUCGACUACACACUGCUGGCGCCCAACAACGAGGCAACGGACGGUCACGCCAUGAGUUCACUGCCCAUGGAGCUGCCCGAGCUGCUGCUCGACCACAUCAUCAAGGGGCAGGUGUCACCCUUCCAGCUCUACAACGGCCAGGUGCUGGAGACUCUGGGAGGCCGCAAAGUCCGCGUCUUCGUCUACCGCACGGCCAUCUGCGUGGAGAACUCGUGCAUCGCUUCCGUGGGCAAGGAAGGCCGCAACGGGCUGGUCCACGUCAUGUCCAAGAUCCUCACGGUGCCUCACAAGAACACGUGGCAGACGCUGCAGGAGGACGAUGACCUCAGCAUCCUGGUGGAGCUGAUCAAGCGAGCGGACAUGGGCGACCUGUUCAGUAAGCCGGGCGAGUACACCAUCUUCGCUCCCACCAACAAGGCCUUCGCCGCUGUGCCCCAGCAGGAGCUCGACCGGAUAAAAGCGUCGCCGACGGACGCGGAGGCCUUUGUGGACGCGCACGUCCUCGACAAGGUUCUGGUGAGCGGCGGCGUCGUGCGCGGCGUCAACAACCAGCAGAAGUCCCUGCUGGGACUCAAGCUCGACAUCAACCAGAAAAACGGAGAGGUCUUCGUCGACGGGCAGAAGAUCCUCGACGCCGACAAGAUGACCACCAACGGCGUCAUUCACAAGCUGGACGUGCUGCUGCCCUCCGGAGCCGCCGUGCUCAGUGGGAGCGAGCCGCUGCCUGCUGGCUGGAAGCCAACGCCUCCCAGGGCCGGGAAGCCCAAGAAGCCUGCACCACCCAAGCUGGAGGCCAAGGAAGACGGAUCCGCUGUGAUCGAGACCGAGGGAGACAUCACCGAGGCCAUCAUCGACCAGAUAAUACGGGGCGGCUUCAGGAGGCUGACCAUCCGCAGGAUCGUCACCAACGCCGACGGCUCCACGUCCAUCGACGUCUACCCGCUCGAGGGCGACGAUCUCGACGCCAAGCUCCGUCGCAUCAUGCUCGAAGGCUGGGAGAUCAUCGCGACCGUCGUCAGGAAGGAGGCGCCGAGGGUUCCUUCCCACGUGGUGACCGAGGGCGAUCGACUCGUGAUCAGCGCCGAUAGCGAACUCCCCAGCGACAUCCUGAGCACCAUCCGAUCGAGCGGCAUCACCAAGAUCACGGUGCGCAAGAUGGUGAUCAACCCGGACAGCACGCAGAGCGUGCAGGUGUUCAACCUGGAGGGCGGCAACCUGGAGGAGCAGAUACGCCGCCUCAUGGAGGACGGCUGGGAGAUGUUCCUGCGGAUCGUGAAGGUGAAGCCCAGGAUCGUGACCAUCCGCGUGAUCACUGUGGGAGACCGCAUGAUCAUAGAGGGCGACGGCUACAUUACCGAAGACAUCCUGAAAGAAGUCAACACAGGAGAGUUCCGCACCGUGACGGUCCGCAAGACGGUGACGAACGCCGACGGCAGUGCGGAGGUGCAGACGUUCACUCUGGACGGGAACGAUAUUGAGGAGCAGCUCCGACGACUCAUGGAGCAAGGCUGGGACGCGUUCACGCGCGUUGUGCGGCUCGGGAAAACGACGAUGCGGCCCUCGGGCGAUGCCGUUGUCAUCGAAGGCGACGGGGACAUCACCGACGACCUGCUGAAGCUCAUCCUCAACGGCGGCUACACGACGGUGACGAUCCUCCAGACGGUCGUCGGGCCCGACGGAAGCGUCGACACGCGGACCUUCGUUCUCGAAGGGGACGACAUCGAGGAUCAACUCCAGCGCAUCAUCAUCGACGGCUGGAACGUGCUGACAGAGAAGAAAGCCUCUGGAACCUUCUCGCUGGACGGAGACAGAAUCUCCGAGGAGCUGCUCCGACAGAUCCGUGCCGGCGCGUUCAGCAAGGUGACCCUGCGCAAGACCAUUGUGGACGCUGACGGCAGCCGCAGCGUGAAGACGUUCACCCUGGAAGGGGACGAUCUGGAGGGGCAGAUCAGGCGGCUCAUCAGCGAAGGGGGCAUCUUGCACACGUCGGUGAGGAAGACGGUGACGAAACCCGACGGCACGACGAGCGUGGAGACGUUCAACGUGGACGGCAAAGACUUCGACGUCGAGGAGCAGAUCCGGCGCAUAACGGCCAGCGAAACCAUCGGGAGCCGGAAGAAGCCCCCGGCAGCACGCAAACCGCCCAAGGCCAAGAAACCCAAGAAGAACAACAAGAGGAAUGUGGAUACCAGGAAGCCUGUUACCAAGGUCGUCAAAGCCAAGCCCAGGAGACAGCCUUAAUCCAAAGCCAGCAAGAAGAAAACUACAAGACCGAUGAUGCCAUUACCUUUCUGAAAGCUUUUGGGCAACACUCUCUUUGAAUUCUCCCCAUUCAACGCUCUCUCGCUCUCUCUCUCCCCCGCUCCCGAUGAUUAACUUUACACGGCAGCAAGAGUGCACCACACCCGAAUGCAAAUGAGCUGCGCUGGAGUAGCUUAGGGACUACCCCCGCAUCGAUUUCUCUCUUUUUUUAUUUACGGCCCUCUUGUUUGUUUGUUUCAAGGUGUGCUGGACAAGGGGUUUAUGGCGCUUUGCCGAAGGAGCGGCAUAAAGCAUCGUAGGGGCACUGCGGGACCCAUUCUCUGUCCACGUAGCCUCGCCAGCCAAGGACAAACAUCCUGCCUCGGCCCCUAACCCCGCAGCCCCGUGGAUAUUUCCCCGCCCCCCCUCCUGCCACCGCCCCAAUUACAAAUUCCGCAUCGAAAUCGUUCGGAUAAAUAAUUUGCCCCGAAAGAAACUGACCAACCAAACCCAACCGUGGUUGUACGUCCGGGGUGGGGGUGCGGGACGGGGCGGGUGGUGGGGGGGGCCCGAGGGGUGAUUUUUGUUUGCCGCGAGUUGGGGGGCCCGCGUUUGUGACCCGCGGAAGGAUGCCCGCGUUCGGCGGGCAUCCUUCUCCGUGAAGGUCUCAACGUCGGCUGGACGUAAGUCACGACGCUCGGUGGGGGAAAUUGCAAGAAAGUGUUGCCACUUUAUUUGGUGCUCCACUUCUCGACUCGAUAUAUUGUGCGUUGUUUGUUGUUUUUUUAUUGAGAAGCCUCACUCUUUAGCGAUAGAUAUAUAAGGCAUGUCUAUAUAUGUGUAUGUUAGGAACGUCACGGGGUUCUCUCCUGCGGACGGACGCGCUUGGCUCAGUUGUAUAUAACUGAUGGCGGUCGAUUCGUUUAUUUGAACAUUUCUGUUCUUGGAGGACAAUGCGGGGAGGGAAGAAGAUACAACAUCGCUCAGCCUACCCAAACCCCUGAGUUCGUUACGCUUUUAUCAUCCCACCUUUUGAUCUUCCCAAACGGUGUAAACGCAUUGCUGUGAGAACCGAGAAAAAAAGUGCAUUUAGAGGAAAAUUGUUUAUGGGAAUUUAUUUCUCGGGCUGCCACUGCUGCUGCUGUUGCUGCUGAUUUCUUAUUAUUGCCAGCUCUGCUUGCCUCUGGGGCUCACCUCACGUCUCCUACUGCCAGGCAGCAGCCUUCCACAGCACGAAUUAGCCGUGCAGAUUUAGGAGCCCGAUUCGCGCUUUGCCGAAUAUCCUGCGCUGGGGUUUGUUUUUUUUUAGUCUUGGGCUGGCGAAAACCUCCCAAGUUCUCCCUUGCCAUCAAUGAUGAGGAUGAUGAAAAUCUGGCCUUGGAAGUGUUUGGUGCUGGCCGGGGAGCGAAAUUUUGCGCAGGCUACAGGCGGCAUGGAACCGAUUCACGUGGUGGUUCGCCAGCGCCAUUCGGAGCAUCCUCGCGGCUUUUCAGCUCCUCCGUGUCACCGCUCCUCAUCUUUUGUGCCUUUCGCGUGUUGCCUGCCUCAGCAUCCCCACGAAGUGCGGCCGUUUGAACGAAGUCAACGUACAGGACCCGCGUUCGCUUUGGCUGAACGUUGGCGGCAGAGCGAACGAUCUUGUGGGGGCUCCACCGUCGUGCGUGGUCGGGAGGACGCUGUUGUAACCGUGGGAGCGUGAGGUCACGUGCGCGAGGUCACGUGCGUUCUGCGUCUCUCUCGUUGUCGGUGACGGCUGCGAGUCUUUUGACGACGGUGCCGCUCUUCUCAAACCAACGAACGAACCCAACCUUGGUCGUCCGUUACUGCCGCCUCGUCCCUGUUACACGUGCCCAUCUUGUUGUUGUUUGUUGUUUUCGUCUUGGAAUAAAAUGUGCACGUACGUAA